UGUACAUAACGACAUCAUGUACAUACUGGGAAUUCUACCUCUUCUCUUUGCCGUGGCUUCGGCCAGCUACCUGAGUUCGAACAUAGGGUCCACACAUCCUUCCAUCGCCUAUGCUACUCCUGUGAGCUACGCCUCUCCUUCAGUGAGCUACGCCGCCCCAAGGGUAAGCUACGCUGUUCCCUCACCAGUCGCCUUGUCCUCUACUUACAGUCUCGCCUCUCCUGCCAGCUACGUUCAACCCGCCGUCGCUUACUCUGCACCCGCAGUCAACUACGCUCCUGUGUCUACUUCCUACGCCAACACUUACCGCAUCUCUAACACCGCCAGGACUGUAGUCCCCACCCCUUACGUCACCGCCGCUCCAGUAGUGGCUGCCCCUGUGAUCGCCGGGUACGCUGCUUACGGUACACCUACUCUCUCGAACUACGCCAGCGCAAGCAAUUUCCGAAAUGCCGUCAACGGAUACGGAAACAACGAUGGAUACCAAAGCUCUAACAACAACGGAUACGGAAAUUCCAAUAAUGGUUAUGAAAGCAACAGCAAUGGUUACGGAGCCAACAAUGGAAACAAUAACAACGGCUACAGAAACAGCGAUGGAGUUGCUAGUAACAAUGAUUACGCAACUUCCGGAAGUUACUCCAGCCCUAACAACAACGGAAAUAACGGGAGCGGAAACUACGAAACCAGUUCCAACAACAGAAACAAUCAUGGAUCUUAUUAGUUCUUCAAACUUAAAUAAAAUAUCAAUGUUGUAAAGCCAAAUUUUUAGUGUAAUUGAAUUUUGUAAUUUGAAUAAAUCUAUCAUCCUAA